AUCUUCAGUCACCUUUUAAAAGGUAAAAGCUUGGUGUUAUUUAUUUUUAUUUUUUAACAUUUGUGAUGUCCAUUGGCCUAUGAAUACUAUUUUAGUUGCAUGUAUGAGCAUUAAUAUACUGUUUUGUUAGCUGUAAACAAUAAAUUAUGUUCUCUUUGCACUCAAAUGCCAACCAUGAAAUAAUGGUUCUGAGUGGACCAAAGCAUGUUUGAGAACUGCAACGCUGCAGAGCAGCCGAAGCUGAGCUUUCGUCUGGCCAGCAGCAGCACCUCCACAGACACAUCUGCAGGAUCAAAGACAGGAGGCAGCCAGCACCUAAAAAACGCCCUGAACUUGGGCAAAGCCAUGGGAGCCAAGGUAAACGACCUGCUCCGCCGAAAAGAUCCCAGCAGCCUCGGAGACAUCGGGGUCACAGAGGUGAAUAAGAACGUGGAGCCAGUGUGGUCCAGCCUGGCUGAGAUGAGCCACAGUACAGCAAGAAACAGUCAUAUCUCCCUGGAUUCCUUCCCUCGGCUAGAUCCCCCACCUCCCACCGGCAAAAAGCGUCUCCCACGGGCCCUUAAGACCACCCAGGACAUGAUGAUAUCCUCUGACCCCGUGGUAGCCUCCCCAGAAUCCUCCUUCGUCUCCUCACCUGACAAGAUCCCAAAAGAUAAAGCUGAGCAUCAGCCUGAACCAAGGCCUGAAGAGUCCAGCCUUGAGAAACCGUCAGAACCCGGCAACCGUGUCAACAGCCAGAUGGAGAAGACGACCGGUUUAGAACUGAAAAACGAGCCCACAGCUGUGGUGACGGAUGAGAAAGAUUCUGAGGGGGUUGAUCAGUCACAGCUGCUGCUCUCUGUUCCAGAUCUCAUUCACAAAGACAAUCUGGACCCAAAGAAACUGGCCUGCUCAGAAACUAGAAUGGCUUCCACCCCGUGUCCAGGGAAAGGGGGCUGCCGCAUCAGCGUCACUGAGGGGGAAUUGUUGGGGAAUGGCACAGUGGAUUACCGGUCCCUCAGCUUGGAGAACGAAGAAUCCCACCCUGACCUGCUUUCAUUUGAAUAACAGGCUUGAGACCCUUAAGAUCAUUUAUUCUUUCAUUUAAACUGCUUUCAUUCUACAUUUCAUAGUUUGCCUUUAAGUACCACUGAUUGUACUUAGUUAUUUCGUAGAUAUAAUUAUUCAAAUGAUAAAAAUCACUAUUGUUUUCUGUUUAAUCGUAGCACCAUAAUCAAUUUAAAAGAUUGUAUUUUAAAGUAUUUGUGGACCUGUAUUCAAAAAACCAUGAUGAAUCAAUUAACAAAAAACCAAAGUGUAUACUACACUGCAAAAAAGAGUUUUGAAUUAGUAUUUCUUGGCUUUUUUCCAGUCAAAUAUUCCAGUAGAACUUCCAGAUGAAUGUACUUGAAGCAACACUACUGCAUAAGAUAUUACGACUUGUUCUCAUAUCAUAAAUAUUAGUGAAUUUUGUAUUUCUUACUGCAUUGGAAGAUUGUUUCGCUUGUUUUAACUAUAUGAAAGACUAAUAAUGAUACAAAAGAUUUCAAAUUCAUAAAAACGCUGUUGUUAUGAACUUCAAAUCAACGAAUCCUGAAACAAAUGUAUUCAGAAUCAACUUAUUAGAAUGAUUUCUGAAGGAUCAUGAAAAAUCAGCUUUGCCAUCCUAGGAAUAAAUUACAGUUUAAAAUAUAUUAAAAUAGAAAAGAGUUAUUUCAAAUUGUAACGACAUUUCACAGUAUUGCAGUUUUUAACCAUUUGAUCAAUUAAAUGCAGCAUUAGUGAGCAUAAGAGGCUUCUUUAAAAGAAAAUGUAAGAAAAUCUUACAGACCCCAAAUUUAUAUUAUUGAAAACAAUUCUUCUUUAUGUAGUUUUAAAUUGUAUAUGUACUGUACGUGUAUUUUGUUUGAAGGAUUUUUUGACUAUUUUACUGGAAAAUUAGACAAAAAUACUCCUCAAGAACAGAAGUUUUGCAGCGUUACUGUUAUACCUCCAAAGCUGUCUUUGCAGUUUCAUAAGUGGGCAGCAUUGCAUGUCUUGUGUAUGUUUUUUUGUUGUUGUUGGUUUCAUAUCAAUUCUACAUCAGUGGCUAGCUGACCACAUCUCUGAGCUUGUUCUCAGUGUAAUAUUCAGUGGCAGUAUGAGCAGACGCACAUGGCUUUGGGUCAGAAUAUAAAGCGUUAUGCACCUAACGGCAGCAGUAUGUGCUGCUUCCAUGCUGUUUUUGACACUAUGUGACCUCUAGAUCAACUCUCACAGUCUCAUGGAGAAAGUCUAGGAUCCUACCUUUUUAUAAGCAGUGUCAUAGUAAUAAUAGUCAAGGUGAUGAUGGCUCGAGGAAUGUCAGUAAUGAGGCUCAGUCAACAUGAAGGUAUGCAGAAGGGUUCUGAAAUUCCCUGGAAUGCUAUAAUUCAACACUAAUCUCGAUUCUCGUCCUCUUGUUUGUGUAGACAGCCUGACUCCCAUGACAUUCACUCAGGCCUGUUCUUUAUCCCACACAGUGAGCCCUCUGGAGAGAUUUUGGGCUAUUCCGAUGCUAACAAUGCAGCUAUUUACGCUCCUGAGAUGGUCAGAGAUAUACUGUAAUUCUGCAUAUGUAUAGUUGUACUGACAUAUUGAUGGUCAAGUCAAAGCUGGGAUGAAAUUGCUGUUAUGCGUUAAUGAAAGAUGACUUAAAAGUUUUGAGUUGUCAUUUAUGUAUUGGCAAUAUAGCAUUAAUUAAUAAUGUAUGUGAGCUUUCGUACCACGUUUUGGUUACACUACCUUUGUGAUACCAAUUGUGCAAUGAUGCAUUAUAAUUCAUAAUAGUGUAAACACUACAAUGAGAACUGAGAGUAAAGCAAAUUCAUGCAGAUACGUUUGCAGUUGAUGAAUUAAUAUGGACCACUGAUACUGUUACUGGACCGUCAGAUAUGAAGUGUUUUAUGAAAUGCCUGUGUACAUGGGCUGGUGAGACUACAGCUGAAUGAAUGAAUGAAUGAAUGAAAGAAAAGCAUAUUUAUCUUAUUGUUUUAGACACUGUUUAGAGUUAAGAAGAUCCUUGGAGGGGACUUAAAGGAAUAGUUGACCUAAAAAUGAAAAUUGGAUGAAAUU